AUGAGUUCCUCUAGCAGCAGCAGCGCAGCAGAAGCAAAGCAGACGCAAAGCAAGUGCCCUGCCCUGCUCGCCUCGCCUACACUCUACUAUGUACCCUUAGCUGCUCUGCUGCACUGGGAGGAGCUGCGGAUGGGAGGAGCACCAGGAGUAACCUCGACCUGGAACGUGCAGCGUCCCGGCCGCCUCUCUGCCCCCCUUCUCGUGGAUCGCAAGGCAAGCCGCAAAGGCAAAGACAAGGCGGAAGUACCUGCGGGUGUCGAGGUACAUCGAUCACCUGUUGACUACUGUUCUCUCUCUCUCUCUCUCUUCCUCUCCCUUCUCGUCCAAGGCCCUCACCCCCUCCCCAGCUCUCCCAACUCCCACCCGGAACCGGCAGGGCCCCCAAGACGAAUCGAGGAUUUUCGCAGGGAAAUCAAAGUUGACGGAGAGUUCCGCAAUAAUCAUCUCGACGACUCUAAGUCUAUCACGGUAGAUGUCACGAGUCUAGGACUUUCUGGUCUGCGAUGCUAUCACACCCCACGAAGAGUCAAGGCUCAAGACCCAAGACCCAAGAAGCUCAAGAGUUGGGACAAAGAGCACGGAGCACAGAGCGCCGAAGCUCGGUCGAAACUGAAGGCCGGGGCCGUCGACCCGUCGAGAUUGCGCGAGAUUGCGCGAUGUCCCGAAGAAGAAGAAGAAGAAGAAGCAUACCACUAUCGCUGGACCCCACGAAGCCCAUCAACCCAUAGGCAAAGAUCUGGAUGGGCCACAGCAAACGAACUUGAGAUGAUCGAUAUCAUUCCACUUCUCGUGCGGCAGGAUUCUCUGCCCAAAGCUGCCAGUGUUUUUCUGCCCACCGACUUCCCCCGACACAUUGACCGAGUGCCGAAGCUUAGCAGUCCAGUCCGUUGGGAAGGGAAGAAAAGCAAGAAAAUGUUUCGACAACUUGGCGGCCUUUCACUCAGCUGUCAGUGUCACAGUCCUAUGUCCGUGACCAAGUCGACCAGCAAGGACCAUCCAUACUUUCCGUCGCCCAUCAAACGGGCGCAAAGUCCGCACUACCAUGGUAAAGGAAGGCCGCUCAGUGAUCAAUCAUUCGCGCAUUCAAGCAUACCGAUGAGCAGAGCAGGGCAAGGUUUGGAGGUCUUGGCUCCCGAGAAGUGGUCACUGGCAGUCGUUGACGAGAAACCCAUGUCCAUGCUCCCGGACCCGGGCUGCCCCUCCUCGUCGACGCUGCUUGGGUCUUCCCCUCCUCCUCCCAAUCCAGCAGAGCGCUGCCCACAAUUGCUCAAGUCUUUGUCAGAUCUCACAAAAAACCUUGCAGCAGCGGUUACGGUCAGAGAGGGUGGAGGGAAGAAGCGUCGCCGUCUGGUCCGUUUGUCCUGCAUCGAGCUCAAUCCGUCGAUUCGACUGGAGAGAGGAGAAAAAAGUAAAUAUGAAGCUUUUCUCUAG